GUUAAUCUAUCUUGUUAUUUGAUACGAUCUAUAUGAGAGCUAAGCAAGAUCAUAUGUUUACAGGCAUAUCUAUACUCGCUGAGACAAGUAGGUAUAUGUGUCGAGGUCGCCUAUGUUAUUGUCGAUCAGCAGUGCACUGUUUACAUUUGAAUGGAGUCAAAUAUUAGGAAAAUGUUCAGCUUUGAUCAGUACAACCAUUAAGAGCAGUGAAGUGUUGAGGGACUUCCCAACAGAAACAUGGUUUUAUUCAACUGGUACAUCUGGGUUAGUGUAAAAGAAUACUUAGUACUGAAUUGUAAUCACCAUGACCAAAACAUGAACCAACAGGUGGUCCAGUCAUUCAACGUAUAAUCAUCCAAAUACUAACAAUGCAACGAUUACACAGCGUGGAUUCUGGAUCCCAACUAAUUCCUGGAGAUGAUGCUUCAAAUCAUUCUUAUGCGUCUGUUGGCUACAAAAAAGUACGGGGGUUCAUUAGGCCCGACAAUACUAGGGCGAGACCACAAAGAAAAGAACUAGUUUGUACAGUAGUUGGGUUUUCUUUGGCUAUUUUGGCAAGUUUCGCAUCAGCUUAUGUUUUGUACAUAUAUUUGUCUAUUUCGGUCGCUGAACCGAUUUGUGUCAGAUGUGACAGUCUUAACGGCAGCAUACAAUACCUGAAUUUUGGAAAACAAUAUAAGAGUGGUAGUACAUACUGCUGUACCAGCCACCCCAAUCAUCUUAGGAAUGCUUUACACCAGGUAAUUGGUGACCAGUAUCAUAUAAAUAUACCAAUAAAGAAACCAGCUAAGAAGAUAAAGAUUCCUCAACCAACAAAAGUUGUUCAUGUCAUUUUGACAGACAUUUGUUCAAGAAACUGUGUUGAACCGCAAAGCAAGCCUAAAGCACGUUCACAUCAUCUGUUUGUUCGGAAUAUUGAAAGACCCAAAAGUCAUGGUGGUGAGGUGGAAGUGUCGGGUGAUUAUGUCACAAUCAAGACAACUGGAAAAUAUUAUAUCAGCAGCCAAUUUAUGUGCCAGUCCAACACAAUUGGCAGUACGCGCGGGCAUAUAGUUAAAAGACAUAACAAGAAUCUACCGAACGACCGCAUUGAAACUUUAAUAGCCGGUUACAAUACGGGCGAUGGACCAAUGAAGAUUUACAUAGCUGGUGUAUUUCAACUGAACAAAGAGGAUAAAUUGUUUGUUAAGUCAAGCAUUUGUUUAUUUCCAGAUCAGCGAAAGAAAAAUUAUUUAACGUUGAUAAAACUGGGUAACACAACCGCUCAUCGGUGAUCCCAAAUUGGAUGUGUUCAUCUUCCAAAUACUUCAUGAAAAUCACGAAAAUGUGUGAAACAUGUUGAUCGUGAUAAAUCUCACACUUGUUUUAAAGAAAAAGAGAGAUAUAUCACUUCUUAUCUAUUUGAAAGUAAACAAUGCAAAUUGUUACUGACUACCGGUACAAGAUCAAAUGUAUAUAGCGCGAAAAUUACGUACCAAAAACUCUAUAUCUGCCAUCUAUAAGUAUGUCUAAUAUUCUGUAUGUUCAUUUUGUACAAACAAUAUAACAUUUGUUACCUCACGAGAGGUAAGAACCUUACAGUGGGAUACGUAAUCAAAGAACAAAGUAAUAAAAGAAAGCCAAAGAUCAACGAUCAGCGACAUUACUUCUUUUCUUAUGCCCAUCUUCGUUAGUCCAGUAGGAGCAGACAAGUAGGAAGUUAAACCCCAUUUCAUUUCACUUAUAUCUAAAUGGCAGUCUGUCAGAAAGUUGUAUUUCAAAAUAUAUUCUUUAAUUGCGUGAUUCUACGAUAUUGCAGUCGCUACGUAUUAAAUGUUAUUGAUACUUCAUUUUGUUUUUUAUAAUCGCAUAACCAUAAUUAGAUGGAUGAUAUUAUCCAUCUGGAUGAUAUUAUCCAUCUGGAAGCAAGUCUAAUGUGUGUUUUAUUUUAGUCUGCGUAUAUGCACUGCUGUCCUAAAGACAUUGAACCUCAGUCUGUGCACUAUUUACUUCAAGAAUAGAUCUCUGUCUUGAACGGUCGCCAUAAGUGUUGUUCUAAUCCAUUUUACAUCUACAUGUAUCAUAGCACAAAGACUAAAUAAAUAUUUUCUGUCUUUUUUUAAUGGAAGCAGAAUAUAUAUUGUGUAUAGUGUUUUCGAAUAAAUUCGCCGAUUUAGAAAAUAAAAUUUCGGUCAAUUAAGUUCGUUUCUGUUCUCGACUCCAGCGGAGCUAAUUAUCGACAGGCGUUGUAACUUUCGUAUGAUUGACCGUCAAUGACGGGUAUCAAUCUGUUUUACAGACCUAAUGCGACCUCCGUCUUUUAUCUCUGUCCAAGAUGACUGACCUUUAAAAGGUCAGACCGCUGUAGUUCUAAGGGUAACGUCACAUCACAAUGUUUACCAACAAAGCAAGAUGGCAUCGAUAACGCCAAAAAAGAUUACUUCUGUGGCUUGUUUUUGUUGUUUUAAAACAAACACGAGCAGGUCAAUCAGAUUAGACGGUAAAAAAUGUACUUCUGAAAGAAUUCAGAGUAAACAAACAGAAAAAAACGUCAAAUUGAUGGUCACACGUGCGUUGUUUACAUCGAACGUAGUAAUAUGAACUGGUACGGGCAGAAUUAUAUCGUUUUACCCAUUUUACGAAUCCGCGUAGUAUUUUCUGUACCUAUUUACGCUAAUUAUGGAAUAUUUUUUAUCAAAAUAUACUUCAAACACCUUUAUUUAUUUUUCUAAUACUAAAAAAAAAUGUUUCAGAAUUUAAUUUUUCGAAAGAAAAAAGUUAAUAUUUUGUAGUCAUUAAGUCGCAUCGAUGUCAUCCUUAUCAGUGAUUGUAGCGUCAAGCGAACAUUCACUGCGGAUCAGUGUGGACGGGUAUAGGAAGACUGAAAGAUAAGAAUUAAUAGAUAAUUAUAUGCUAUUAUUACUAAUUAUUGAAUAACAUAUAUUCAUCACUACCUACGACCCACUACGUAAAUACAUUUAUUUGAAAUUUAAAUCACGUCAUCAAUUAUUGUGUAUUAUGGCAUGUAAAUAUAGUUCUCAGGUUUAAUGUCCCAGUGGCCUCUGACAAUAUUUUAGCAAAUUACAAAACUCCAAACGUUUCGUUUUAAUCGUGUUUUGCUUAAAAAAAAAAUGUUUCCAAAACAAAGUUUCGUAUGUCUUUUUCUUUAAUAUUCAGUGGCAAGCAUAUACUGGGACAUAUUAAAAAGGAACCUUGUGAUUAUUUCAAAUGGCUAAUUACAUUUAUAAUUAUACGUCAUGUAUUUCAUAAUAUUAUCAUGUAUAUUACCAUGUACUGUAUUAUAUUUAGACAGAUAUAACUGUUAAAAUUCUCUAUGUCUCAUGUGGCCGAAUUCUGAUGUUGCUGAUCGAAAUUUACCGUGAACUUUAGGAACUUUUAUUCCAUUCUAUAAUAGAUUCAAUACUGUAUUUUAUGGGAAUAAACGGCGAAUGUCCAAUAAUUUGGGCAUUAUUUCUGCUUGCACAUGCGCAUUUCACACUACACGUGCACAAUUUACUCGGUUGCAAGAUCUUCAUUUUAUGGAGCUGAAUUGAACUUAAACAAGUUAUACGUCGUAAGUGUUUAAGUUUAAUUUGUAUUUUUGACAAUCUCGUGAUCUGCCCACAUCAACGAAAUACGUCCCAGUUGUGCAUUCAGUUGAAUUUGUUCUAACCAUAGCCGAUGUCAUGCCCCUAAUGACCUCUCAUGCAGUAUCAAAUAUCUGAGAUGAUUUUCUGUCCCCUGUUCUAAUAUUUUCAAUAUGUUUCAAAGAGUUAUUAUGGCACAAACUUGUAAUACUUGUGUUGUUUUUAUGUGUCUCUGUAACAGUUUUAUUAUCCUAUAUAAUAGGCUAUUUAGUGGUUUAUGGAUUUUGAAAUAUGGUUUAAAAAGUGGGAAUAUAUAUGCUAGGAAAAAAAGUUACCAUAUUUAUUUUCCAUAUUUGAAAACUGAAUUUCUAUUAAUUGAAGAAAUUUCUGUAAAGUACAGGAAAAAUCAAUACAGAUAAAAGUGUUUCCUGGCUGUUAGUAUUUAUUGUGAACAUAUCUCAGCUGAAAGAAUAAUAUUUUAGAUGAAAUCAUAUGCUGAGUUGGUUCAUGUGGAAUGUAUACUGAAUCCUUUCUGUGUGGUAAGCCCGUGAUGCGUAUAGAUUAUGAACUCGUAUUUAGGAUACCUUGCUCAACUAGGGACCAGAAGAGACCCCCCCCCCCCCACACACACACACGGGCGUUUCUUGUCUCUUCACUACCGACAUCCCCACAUCUCCAAAUGAUCUCUGACAUUGUACUGUACUACAUUACUUACAUUAUAUAUCAGUAUUGCCUACUUUAUCUUUAUUAAGGCUGAUGAAAUACUUAUUGUUGUGUUUUAUCAUGAUUUGGUAUAAUAAAAUAAAUUUAAAUCAA